UAAAACAUAAAAGUUUUUAGUCUCAAUGAAGUCCUAUUUAUUUGUCACUUGUGCUUUUGGUGAUGUACCUAAGAAGGCUUUGCCUAAUUCAGGGUCAUGAAGAUUUCCUCCUAUAUUUUCUUCUAAGAGUUUUAGUUUUAGCUCUAAAUUUUGGUCCAUGAGCCAUUUGUAGUGAAUUUUGGUGUAUGGUAUGAGAUCCGGGGUCCAAAUUCAUUCUCUGGCAUGUGGAUAUCCAGCUGUCCAGGUGCCAUUUGUUGAAUUGGUUUGGCACCCCGCUGUUCUUAGAGAUAACUGUUGAAAAAGGUUUGGACAUACUAUGAUAUUCCAUUUGUAGUAAUUCCUCAAAGGGCUUAGUGUUAAAAACAAGGCUUUACGGUGUAUGGCUCUCAAGCACAGCAUUACAAAGGAGUUUUGGUUUUAUAGAACAGAGUUCAUUCACCCUUGUCUUUGUUCUUUCAGGAUGACAGCCUGAUUCAUUACUUUGAUUAUUUAUGCCCCUAUUGUGAGUAUGACUGAUUUGGAAAGUGUAAAGCCCUCAUCCCCUGAUACAUGGCACAUAUAUACAUUUUUGUGGUAUUAUCUUAGUUAUAUUAGAUAUGUAUUGAGUGAUUAAAAAAAAUAAUAACCUAAAAGAGUGUUUGGGCAAGACUUCUUGUCAGGAGGUAACUUCAGGAUGUUUGGGAAUGCAGACUAUUACUGAAGAGCUGUUAUAGGUCACCCAGAUAAAUGCCUGUUAUCUCUUACAAGACUUUGAAGUACAUUUGGGCAGAUGGUGAUGGUGAAAUAUGGUAAAAGGAAAGUACGGUUGGCAGUGAUUUCUGUAACUAUUUCACGGUCAUGUGCCUGUGGGUUGGGCCUGGACACUGCAGGGGCCUGACUGCCCGGCUCAAGUGUUUGUAUAGGCAGGGGGACUCUUUGAGCAUUGUUUUUUAGAGUGUUGUGAACAGAGCGACACCCAGGAAGAUGAAGUUGGGAGCAGGUAUUAGGUGAGAAAGGGGAGGUGAAUGAGGUGGGACGGUCAGUUAAGAGACAGAAGCGCCUCCUGUUUAAGGGCUUUUAGAAGUAUGGCAGCAGUAGAGACGGAAAGGAUGGGGAGCUGUUCCAAAUGCACGUUCUGGCCUCUAGUCUAGCCUGAGCCAGAAUUUCCUAGGUGUAGGGACUGGGCUGCUGCCCACGCAACAGGCUCCCGUCGGUGAUGUUUCUGCCUACUGUGCUGUAGUGGAUGCUAUGCAAGUAGGAUUGACGAGGCUGGCACGGACGGGUUCUCAGGGCAGCUCUGGUGUGAGAGCGGGAAGCUGUUCUGCAGGCUGGGGAACUAAGGAAAGGAGAAGGAUUUGGAGGUGCGGAGAAGGCGUUCAGUUUGACAUAUAUGCGGCUUGACUUGCCCGCAGAAUAGUUUGUGCAGUGGGAUUGGCGGGAGUGUAAACGGGUUCCUGAGGGAAAGAGCCAGGGCAGUACCUAGAGGCAGUGUUUAAAAACGAGAUCGGUGAGUAUCCUUAAGCUGCGAUACCACCUCUUGGCUGUCUCCGCCGCUCGUGCUGGAAGCAGGUAUUUGUGCACGGGAAGGCGGCCGGAGUGAGCGCGGAACAGCGGGUGCGCUCAGUCCCUGCGUUCCCGCAGAACCGCGUGGCCCCGCGCACGUUCUCGGCUGCUGGAGCCCGGGGGCCGCCUGCGUACGUUGUCGCGUGACCGACUGGUACCGAGUGAGCAGAGCGCCGCCGCCGCCCCGAUGCUCGAGAGCUGCCAUUGCGGAGCCGUGGCCAGGCCGUCCGAGCCGUGUGUCUCUGUGCCGCACGGCCCCGCGCCUCUCCCCGGUGGAGAGCUCAUGCGGUGGCGUCACUGCGUCCCGCUUGGGUCUCAUGGGCGGCACCGCGACGGAUGGUGCGUGCGGCCACCCUGAAGGCAGCCCGUCGCAGCUUGAGAUGGUAGACUUCUCAGACCCAGAGAGCCUCCCAGACAAGAUGCUGUGCCUUUGGUCUUCCCAUUUUGAAGUUCCUGGUUCUGAGACGGUCCCAGCUUCAGUCAACAGGCGUUUGAAUGACGCGCGCGCACAGACCAUCUAGCUGGAACCCUGAUUGCUCUCCUUCAACACAUUCAUUAUGAAGUUAUUAGUAAUACUUUUAUUUUCUGGACUUACAACUGUAUGUGGAGGUAACUCUUCCCAUAGCCUGCCACCCAAGUUACUUCUGGUGUCCUUUGAUGGUUUCAGAGCUGACUAUCUACAGAACUAUGAAUUUCCUCAUCUCCAGAAUUUUAUCAAAGAAGGAGUCCUGGUAGAGCAUGUUAAAAAUGUUUUUAUCACAAAGACAUUUCCAAACCACUACAGUAUUGUGACAGGCUUGUAUGAAGAAAGCCAUGGCAUCGUGGCUAAUUCCAUGUAUGAUGUAAUCACAAAGAAACAUUUUUCUGACUUUGAUGACAAGGAUCCUUUUUGGUGGAAUGAGGCAGUACCUAUUUGGGUGACCAAUCAGCUUCAGAAGAACAGAUCGAGUGCCGCUGCUAUGUGGCCUGGUACUGACGUACCCAUUCACAAUACCACACCUUCCUAUUUUAUGAAUUAUAGCUCUUCAGUGUCAUUUGAGGAGAGACUAAAUAAUAUUACCACGUGGCUGAUGAAUUCGAACCCACCAGUUACCUUUGCAACACUCUACUGGGAAGAACCAGAUGCAAGUGGCCACAAAUAUGGACCCGAAGAUAAAGAAAACAUGUACAGAGUGUUGAAAGAAGUAGAUAACCUUAUUGGUGAGCUAGUCCACAAACUCAAGGUGCUAGGAUUGUGGGAAAAUCUCAACGUGAUCAUUACAAGCGAUCAUGGGAUGACCCAGUGCUCUAAGGACAGACUGAUAAACUUGGAUCUCUGCAUUGAUCGUUCAAGCUACACUCUUAUAGAUUUGACUCCAGUUGCUGCUAUACUUCCCAAAAUAAAUACAACAGAGGUUUAUAACAAACUGAAAGUCUGUAACCCUCACAUGAAUGUUUAUCUCAAAGAAGAUAUUCCUGCCAGAUUUCAUUACCAACAUAAUGAUCGAAUUCAGCCUGUUAUUUUGGUUGCUGAUGAAGGGUGGACAAUUGUGUUAAAUAAAUCAUUACCAAAAUUAGGUGACCAUGGUUAUGAUAACUCUUUGUCUAGUAUGCAUCCGUUUCUAGCUGCCCACGGCCCAGCAUUUCACAAAGGCUACAAACACAGCACAAUCAACAGUGUGGAUAUUUAUCCAAUGAUGUGCCACAUCCUGGGAUUACAACCACAUCCCAAUAAUGGAACCUUUGGUCAUACUAAGUGUUUGUUAGUUGACCAGUGGUGCAUUAAUCUCCCGGAAGCCAUUGGAAUUGUUAUCGGUGCGCUCUUGGUCUUAACCACGCUAACAUGCCUCAUUAUAAUCAUGCAGAAUAGACUGUCUGUACCCCGUCCGUUUUCCCGACUCCAGCUGCAAGAAGAUGAUGACGAUCCUUUAAUUGAGUAACAUGUGCUGGAGUUGAUACAGCAUCUUUGAUUAGUCACGAUACCAAGGAUACCCUCAUGAAAUGUGUUCUAAAGAUGAAAAAUAUACCUUGAAAGACAAAGAACUUAGACCAAGCAUGCUAGAAUUACUUUGUUUUCCUUGUGCUUUGUCUUGGUGCAUCAGCUAAUACAAAAAGCCCUGACCAUAGUAAAAAUUGCUAGUCAAUCGUUAGUGAACACCAACUAUUUCUCUAACUAGAAACUUUUUUUAAGAAAAAUAUUGCCUCUGCCUUUUUUUUCCCCAAUGAAGAUUGACACAUUUUUAAAUAAAAAUAUAUCAAAAUUUAGUAGGCAUGCUUUUCUAAUAAAUAUUUAUAUUUAUAUCUGAAACAACAGAAAUCUUUAUGCAAUUAGUGGAUUUUGUGUAACAGGAAGGAAAAGUUUUCUAUAUUUUUAUAUUUAAUAACUUUAAUAUUAGAGUUUAUAUCCCAAGUAAACCUGUGACGUAGGUGAUGGUUAAUAAAAUCGGUUAACCAGGCAGAACAGAGCUAGCAUAUGAAGAAAUUAUUUUAAGAAAAGCUAUUAUAAAAAAUACAACAAAGACUGUGUGAUACAAAGCUUGAGUCUUCACCAUUGUGUCUUUGUUAAGAUUCCUAAACUGUCGAAGCCAGGAAAGAUAUCUUUUGAAGACUGUUGCUAAUAAGAAAUUAAGAAAAUGGGAAGAAUUGCUUUUCUGUAUCUGUGCUUAACACCGAUGUGUAAAUUAUUUGUGUGUGUGUGUGUGUGUGUGUGAAUGUGUUUGUGCAUAUGAGUGUGCAGACUUCCUGUGACUGACCGAGGAGGUCAGAGGCGGCUGGUCUGUGGGCUGACUUCCACAUUCCCACGGAACGUGGCUCUCAGCAAAGGGUAUAUUUGCACUUCAUAUUUGUUUACUUUGUUAUGACUCAAAGUCAUAACUGAAGAAAGUUCCUUAGUUUUUCUUACUGUGUUUUACUUUCUCAUGUUGUUUAUUGUAGCCAGAGGUAUCCAAGUGCUAUAAAAAAAUUUAUGACCUGGAUAGGAAUCUGGCUUCAAUUAGGUCAGAAUGAGGAAGAGAGAUUAUGAUAUCUACCUUUGGGACAUUAUGCCUUACUUUUUAGGCAAUAGAGUAGUUAAAUUUAAAAUGGAAUUUGGUAUCUUUUGAUCUUUCCCACUCUUCAUAUGUUAAGUGGCAGAAUAUAAGUGUUAACAUUCCGUAGCCCAAGCGCCGCCUCUGCUUUUUCUCCAGUGUUUGGUUCACGGAAAUAAUUACUGUGCUCUGAUUUUUUUAAACAUUCAUGUUCAGAGCUAAGGAUUUAUUGUGAAGAACUGCCAUCCGACCUUUGCCAGGUGGUACUUUCUAGUAAUCAAAAGUAAGAUGCAGCAACUGUGCUGUGACAGACUAGAUUGUAUCUGUUAAAGGAAAAAUGGGGUUCAAGAACCAUCCAGCAAGACCUGAGGCAAGCAAUUAAUAGUGUGAUAUUUGAGGUUUUGACAAUAUAAAAUAAACUAGGUAACUGUUCUACAGGUAAAAAAAUUAUCUGCAAUAAAUAUGCAGCCCAGUUAAAUGUUGAUUAUCUGUGAUGGUAAAGAAAACAGUGCCAGUCAUCAAACAUAUAAUUCAUCCUGUUUAGUCACUGCUAAUUUUGCGAUCCGAUGAUUCAGUACCUAUUUUUUGGGGGGUUCUUGAGAAGCAUUUCUACAGCUGCAUAAAUAGUUCAUGCUAUUGGUCAUAAGUUGACUGUAUUAAUAACAACAUAGUAAAUAAAUGAGAUAAAACCAAUAGGGUUAGUUUUGCUUUUUGACAAAUUUUAUUUCAUUUUUUUCCUCACAUAAAAGUUACCCUAGAGGUUAAUAGUUUUUCUGAACAAAACAAUAGAAAAAUGUCUUUCUGUUUCAAUUUCCAUUAAAAAAAAAAAAAA